AUGUAUUUAGAUGCAGAUUGCAAUAAUGGAGAUAUCCGAAUGGUAUAUUCUUCUCAACCAUUUAAAUUCCCAUGUGGUGGAUCUGAGCUACCAUCACAAGUUAUUACAAAUACAGAACAUAUUGUUCCACGUGCUUUCUUCUCGAGCCAGCUUCCAAUGCUUUCAGAUGUACACCACUUAUAUUCUGCACCUGCUAAAGCAAAUAAUGUCCGCGGCAAUCUUCCUUUUGCUGAAUUUCCUUAUUCAGAAUGCAAGACAUGGUGUGAUUAUUUAUCAUGUGACAUAACAGUACCAUCAAAUCCAGACCUUUAUUCAUGCAUUAAUAAAGGAAAAACUGGAUGGAUGCCUCGUGUUGAAGAUCGUGGAAUGAUUUCAAGAUCAAUAUUCUAUUUUAUGACGAUAUACGAUAUGGUUGACAUAUCUAAAGUUGGAGAUAUCAAACUCCUCAAGCAAUGGAAUAGAAAAUAUCCACCUUCUGAAUUUGAGAAGCUCAGGAACGAUAAACUCAACAAAACUCAGGGUAAUCGUAAUCCUUAUCUCGAUGAUUAUACUCUCGUUGAUCAAGCCUUCCCAUAA